UGCUAUCAGCCACUAGGUAUCCAUCGUGAUGCCUUGCCGAUCAGAGCAAGGAGAGAGAAGAGGCGCUAUUGCCAUGGAGGAAGCGUUUUGGAAGGCAGCGAAGACGACGUGAGGAUCUCGCGGCCCGAAGAGCUAGAGAGCGCUAGAUCUGGGGGACCCGGGGUUCUGGACUCACUAAAGCUUCUAGCAGCUGAGAGCUCAGCUACGAGAAGCAGCGCCAUUAUACUGGGUCUCAAUGCCAUUGUCGCGUGUCUGCCUGGUGCUAGCAAAACAAUCUUCAUCAUCCAACCGGUCAAUCAAUCGAUUGUGAUAGGUGGCACACAGAAUGACAGCUGUCUGCCGCACUGCAUGCUGCAUAGCCCUGCCGUAUGUAUGUAUGUGCGUCCGAAGAAGGUAGACAUGGAUAUGGGUCGCUGCGGAUAUGGGUAUGGACACAGCCAGCUCUGGAUAUGGAUAUCGCCACAAUUGAUGAUGGAUAUGGAUACCUGUACGGCCGCAGCAGCACUAAAACGGGCCUGCAACCGGGCCUCAACAAAGAACUCUACAGGCGCAUCAGAUACCGGCGCUGCUGUGCGGUGCUGUCCUGUGCUGUGCUGCAAUGCAGACGCUCUGCAUCAUGCACUUCGCGACCGGCUGCAGCCUCAGCCUAGCCUCACCUCAGACAAACAGCUGAUUGCUUACGACGACCGGCGAUGGAUGGAUGUGUCCAUGGCCAGCAAGCAUACUUCUGUGCAUCGACCGCAGCAAGCGGUGUCAGCUUCCAUCUUCGGCUCGAACCCAGCCAUGACUCGGAUGAAGCAAAUCAGACUUACCCUACGCUGUUUUCUGCACGGGCAGUGGUAGCACUGCAGGGUUACUGCGCGAGGCGGUUUACAUGACAACGCCACAUCAAAUCGUCGAUUUCGCAAUCUUGAUCCAA